GUUUCAUGUGCUAACAUGGAUGACUGGGACAACAACAAUGAGUUCAUCCAGCGACUGGACUUUUCCAGUUGUGGUGAAGAGAGUGAAGAAAGAAGUGUAAAUGAGGAGGACUCCCUGAGCUUGAGCCCCCCCAGAAGCUCAGAGUUCCAGAAAUGGCAAGAGAGCAGUCCUCUGCCAAAAACCCCUCAGAGAAAGCUUAGUGAGAUUUUCCUGAGCAGAACAAAAGCCUGGAUGAGUCCCACCCUGAAGUCUUCCCCAUCUGUGAGCAAGAGCUGGAGUAAACCUGAGACACCACUGCACAUCACCUGGAAAAAGCUGCAGCUCUGUGACACCCCACACACUCCUAAGAGCCUGUUAUCGAAGACAGCUUUUCCUUCAUCUGCAACCAAGGUCCCGGCCAAAGGCCUCCGACACCUGAGGCUCACUCCCCGUGCUGACCCUGAGGACUCCCCCCACGCUUCUCUCGUCAACAUUAACCCCUUCACGCCGGAGUCCUAUCGACAAACGCUCUUCCAUCCUAACGGCAAGAGGAAGGCUGCAGGAGAGCUGAAUGAUCCUCAUCCAGGAAGCCAGAUUAAAAAGGAGCUCCCUACAAAGAGAUACACUCUGAAGGCGAGCAAUAUGGUUUCCCGCUACAAGAAGGAGUUCCUGGAACUAGAAAAAAUUGGUGUGGGGGAAUUUGGCUCUGUCUACAAGUGCAUCAAACGCCUUGAUGGAUGUGUUUAUGCCAUCAAACGCUCCAAAAGGCCUCUGGCAGGAUCCUCAGAUGAGCAGCUGGCACUGCGGGAGGUGUAUGCCCACGCCGUGCUGGGGCACCACCCCCAUGUCGUGCGCUACUACUCGGCCUGGGCGGAGGACGAUCACAUGAUAAUCCAGAAUGAGCACUGCAAUGGUGGGAGUCUCCAAGAUGCGCUGCUGGAAAAUGCAAAGCUUGGGCAGUAUUUCCCAGAAGGAGAGCUGAAGGAAAUAUUGCUGCAAGUCUCCAUGGGACUAAAAUACAUCCACAACUCUGGCCUUGUGCACCUGGAUAUCAAACCUAGUAAUAUCUUUAUCUGUCACAAGCUGGCAGUUUCAGGCCCUGCUGGGCAGGAGGAGAGUGACAGUGAAGAUGAGUUCUCUCCUGGUGUGGUGUAUAAGAUUGGUGACCUUGGACAUGUGACAUCAAUAACAAACCCUCAGGUGGAGGAAGGAGACAGACGGUUUUUGGCCAAUGAAAUUUUGCAAGAGCAAUACUGCUACCUGCCCAAGGCAGACAUCUUUGCCCUGGCACUCACGGUGGCUCUGGCAGCCGGGACAGCGCCGCUGCCCCACAAUGGGCCCCUGUGGCACCACAUCCGCAAAGGCAACCUCCCACCCAUCCCCCAGAAGCUUCCCCACCGUUUCCUUGAGCUCCUCAAGCUCAUGAUCCACCCUGACCCAGCACAAAGACCUUCUGCCACGGCUCUCACCAAGCACCCUGUUCUCCGUCCUUCCUGUGGAAAAGCUGUGCAGCUCCAGGAGCAGCUCAAUAUGGAGAAGUGCAAGACUGCCAUGCUGGAGAGGGAACUUAAAGCAGCUCGCCUUGCCCAGAGCCUCAUGAAGGACCAAGCCUUAGGAAGUGCCAAGUUACAAGAGUCUGAAACCUCUUCUAAGCAGAAAAGCAAGCGUCUGGUGGGAGGGAAGAGCUGUCGCUCCUUUAGCUUUACUCUGGGUUUUUGA